UUUACAGACACCGGCUCAGUAUUAUUAUCUAAAACAGCUGAGGCGUCCGUGAAAUGACGUCCGAGAAGGAGGUGUUCUUUGCAACUGGCUGAAUCGUCGCGCCAAGUAAUGUAGACAUUGCGAUACCAGUCCGUCACUUCGUGCGUGCUUAUUCACGCAAGUGGCUUAGGCUAAACAGCGAGGCUAGCAGACGAAGUCAGUCUAAGACCUUUCGUAACAUUAUUUAUUGCCACGGGAAGUAAACAAAGUACCACUGAGGGAUGUUAGCUUUGCAGUUUGACUCUGACAAUCUGUAUAGCUUCGCCCACUUCGCCCAUAGCCUCCGCAACAGCGAGCGCUGUCCGAAACCAAAGUUUUCCCUACGACCGAGCGUGAAACCCGACGAGCCGACCGAGCGACCUCAUGAUGGCAGGCAGCAAGCUAACGUUCCUGGUGUUCUUAUGCGCGGUGGUUCUGCUGCCGGCGAUCGUCCACUGCAGGUCCAUCUUCAAUCGUGACAGGCGCAGUGGCAUCUCUGACCAGCGGCUGGCCGAACUCGAGACCCUGGCUGGGCUCAAGUCCCUGCGGCACCGGCUCAAGGGCAUCACGUUCCCAGUUGCCUACGGACUCGUCGAUCCAAACAAAAUCGGCAAGAGGAAGCGUUCCUUCGAGUCCCUGGAAGAUUCCCAGCAGGCGCAGCCGCAGUCCCAGCAGGGUCGCCAAGCGGCUGCCACAGAUGCUUCUUCCUCGUCGUCCCUCUACCAAAACAUUGUAGACGACGCGGCGCUCGAAGACUACCUGACCGGACUGCCCACGCCCGACGUGACGGCGCAACGGGUCCGGUCCCCAGACCAGCUCCUCAGGAUAUAGAACGGUCCCCUUCGUUUCUCAAUCUCGCCUAUCCUUUACGACACCCACAUCGACGCCUGUGUUCAAUACUCGCUGUAAGACGAACAUGCUCCCGAUUCGUCUAUUGCCCUCGUAUGCUAUUCGUUCAGGUGAUGGUGCUGGCGUUUACGCAUCACAGUGGCUAUUAAGGGGAGCGUAGAAUCUAUAAAAAAAGCAACGUACACUACUGAAAAGCACUUGGCUUAGUUUUCUUAUGUAAAAAAAAGAAGAAAACAAGAAAGAUGACCAGAGCAACCCUACUCCGCCACUAUUCUUGGAUAGUUGACGAAAUGACGAUAAAAAAAAGAAAAAAAAAGACGAGCACAGUUCUAGAGAGAGCUGGCGGUGAUGGUGACAAGUAAAAAUAAAAUGGGAGCAAGGUUAGCGAUCAAUGAAAACUCGAUAUCGCAAGCAAUGAGGGAUUGACGCGCUCAACACGUUUCCUCAGACGAAACAGUCAACCACGCUUCUUAUAGUGCUUUCUGGGCACAAUACACUCGCAGUGUUCCAUGUUUCUUCUCUUUUCUUUUUUACCACUGCUGUGCUAUAUUUUCUCGUUUCUUUGUUUCCUUAUGAAUAUGUUGGUUUGAAUGACAUGUGACGCUUUAUUAUGAGUGCCUUCCAAAUUGUCGAUGAUGUGACCAACACCAAUUGUGCGGCAUGGUAAUAAAUUGUUAUGUCACCAAAGCAUUGACAACCGGCGCCAUGCGAAGAGGGCUACAGGUAUGCAUAAGAAUACGAAAAAAAAAAUUUGUAUUGGGUAUGAAACUUUCGUAGGAGUGCUUUCACAUAAAGUUAAAACGCACGCACACCCCAAUUCCAUGAGCAAAUUUAGCCGGUCUUUAGGCGUUACGAUUCUUCAGAACUGACAAAGCGAUGAAUAAAGCGUGAUUUCAAACGGCUUUUCGUUCGUGCUUUCGACGGAGUAGAUGCCACGUUGUCUCGUGGCUUCUGGAGAAAGAGGUUUGAAGAUGUCUCGGAGUAUAUUGAGGUUGCCAGACAUUUCACACGCAUUUCCUUAUAUUACACACAUGCCAUGAUAAACACUCCGGCAUUGAUUGGCUGCAAAGGAAGAGUUAGCUGUCUGUAGCGUACGACAAAAUAAAGUAUUAGCUUCACCGGCACGUUAUAUUUGGUAAAUUGAACUCGUUAAGCGUAGAGUGCCUCACCGCAAUAAUGUCAUCGUUGCUUUGAAUAAAUGAGUAACUGCUGCAAACUUUGCUGUGAGAAUCACUGGGGGUGCUUCUCGUACACCAGCAGGGCGUAUAAUUAGUGGAUAUCUGCAUAACUAAGCUUUAUAGCAUCGCGUAGUAUGUAAAGCAAUAAGGCUAAAACAUCGGUCCUCGAGCGCUAAUGAGAACAUGUGCACUACACCCCCAUUAAACAUGCAAGAAACGGGGCAUAAUGUGAAAAUACGUAUAAACGCUCCUCCUUUAUUUUUCCCAGUCGCAUUUUCAAUAUGUUAGUGCACCGGGGUUAGGAUUAUAAAGCGUUCAGUGCCGUCGACUUUGAUACAUUUAUCAAGAAUUUCCCACAAGGCGUCCCAAUCGGAAUUCGUGGGGAUGUGUGUUUCUGCAUUUAUACAAUAAAAAAAUUGUACCUAUACAAUGUCCUCCCAACAUUUUCAAAACUAUAGUAACGCCCCUUAAAUGUUGUAGCGAAACACGAACCUCCUUAAUGCAGCUAUAUAAUGCUCACUUUCCAGCGAUCAUAACAGCUCCAGAACGCAUGAGGUGCGCACAUCAGUGAAUCCUCGCUGCAAGGCGUACACUCAAGCAUUGUCGAACGUCGUUUAAUAAUGUUCCGUCGUCACGUUUCCUGAAACCAAAUUUUUUUUGUGCACUUUGUAAGAGCCCUGGCACGGGCUGGAUACAGCUCAGAGCAUAGUUAUAGAAAAUGAGACAUCAGCAGUGCCCGUUCAUUGGAAAAAAAAAUAUGACACAAGGCUUGCGAAUUCGGAUGCAAUCCUAAUAAGAGGCACUCAAUAUAAUCCGUGAAGGAGUUACCACAAACGUAGCUAAAGCGGACACAUCGUCGGCACGGGGCACAACUCCUGAUUGCAUCAUUGAGACUUUUUUCUCUUUGCGAUUCCUUCCAAUUAGCCCUCAAAGACGGGUUCAUGCUUGUUUAUCAGGGCGGCUACGCGCGAUGAACUGAAAAAAAAACGCAAACAAAUGGGGCAUGCUUCGUAACGCUUACAAACCCGCAGUGAGAUGUUUGUCAGACUGUCGUCGACUUUGAGUGAGUAACUUAUGAUGCUACGUUACACGUUAACGUUUCUAUCCCAGAUGACUGUACACCUGUACGUGCGAUGAGUGAAUUGAACAUAUGCUUUCCAUUAAACCCCCCCCCUCCCCCCGCUAAUCCUCAGUCGCCUGUCAUUGGGUGUUUUGUGCAAGACGCUUAUGAUGAUCUCACUGUGUUAUGCUGUACAUUGUGAUGUUUUGAGUUUAUAUUUAUUGAAUAUGUGUUGCGCUGAUUGCGUGGAAGUUGUGGAGCUGUUCAUUUUCGAAUCACCCGGAAACCCCUUUUAGCAGUUACGAAUAUCAAUUGGUGAUGUCAGCGCGCGACGUCGGAGAUGACGGUACAAUAUUCGUUGUCGCUAGAAAAGAAAAAAAAAAAGAGCCGCGACUUCUGUGCAAUUUACUUAUUAGUUUGACUUCCACUAUGAUAUUUAUGAAAUUGAAGAAGUUAUUUCAUUGUAUUAUAUACAUUCCUUUCGCCCCGUCACUGUUGUUUCUGUAGAGUGCAGCAUGCCUUUUCUGUCCUGAGCCGCAUUUUGUAAAUAUAGGUACUUUUAGAGAGUUCUACUCAGUGUUGGUGCCGAUUAGGAUCAGUGUUGCCAGAAUAAAAUGUACUGUUCGUCU